AUGGCUAAGCGGAACGCGGACGCCGUGGCCAGUAACGAGCAGGACGGAGACCAAGCACCGCUACCUCGCAAACGCGCUGCUCGUCCACGCGCGUCGCCAAAGCUACCGCAACCCCUCUACAAAGCAUGCAGACAGGCAAACCCCACAGUCACCUCCGCCACGAGCGACAUCGACACGGCGGUCGUUGCAAAGAUCAAGAAAUGCCUGGACAAAGCCAACCAUCCCGGCACCGCUCAGGCCGAGGCCAAAGCUGCGUUUUACUUGGCCUCACAAGAAAUGGCGAGAUUCAACAUUUCGCAAGCAGACGUCCUCGCUCAUGAGUCCGCCUCUGUGCAGAGACAAUUUGCCGGGCAGAGCGUGAUCACGCUCAGAAGGCUUGACGGCGACAAGUCCAAGGCUGUGCAAAACCAAACCUGGGCCGACUGUCUUGCCGGAGCGAUGGAAAUCUUCUUCGACUGCAAGUACGAUAGAACGUCUAAGGGCUCGUCCUUUCGCUUCACAUUCUACGGCAUCGCAGAGUACACGGUUGCUGCCGCACUGAGCUUCAGGAGUAGCUACAGCCUUAUUGCGGAGUGGGCUCGGCCUCACAGAGGCAAGGGCACAAGGAACAGUUACUGCCUGGGCGCUUGCGAGGAGCUGGAAAGGAUCGCAGAGAAGCAAAAAGCUGCCGAAGAACUUCGAGCCAAAGAGCAGGAAAAGCAGGCCGUUGCCAUGAGAGAGAAGCAGGAGCAGGCGGAAAGACAAGCCGAGUUGGAUCGUUUGGCGCCAGCUCAGGACGCACCGCCUUGUCCCGACGGGCGGGGUUCGGACAAGACCCUGUGGCAUGGAGAUGAUGGCAACAGUACGGCCACUGGGCUAGCGGCCACAUGCGUCGACCAUGACGACAAGGGCGACUACUAUGGAGGAGAUAGCAUGGAGACUGCGAUCAAAUUGGAAGACGACGAAGAUGAAGGCGUCGAUACUGCUUCUGGCCGUUUUGCGGACGUAUCUGGCGGUGAAGACAGUGAAUACAGUUCUAUGGCUGCAACCAGGGUCGGGGAUCAGGGCGUCGAUGAGGGCGUCGAUGAGGGCGUCGACAUCGCUCCUGGCUCACCAUCCGAUUCAUCCGACGAGGAAGAUGAGAACGGUCUUGAGCCCGACUCCAAAGUGGAGGACAAUGACGACGACGACGUUGGACCACGCGCCUUCGAGGACGUGGACGAGGAGAUGCGCCGACUGGUCAAAACCGAACCUCUCUCCCCCGAGCGCAGCGUCGCUACUGAACCGGAGUCCGACGAAGUCUCGGCGCCAACAUGGGCUUCACAUUUGCAACUCGUUACUUUCCGCGAGACGGCCAGCAAGAUCGCAGAUGAUUACCUCAAGGACAGUGGCAUGAAGCUGAAGGCUGGGCGGGCCAGGAACGGUGUGGUCCGGGAUUGGGACGCCUACGACUUGGGUGUAGAGGAUGGCAAGAAGAUUGAUGUGCAUCAAAGGAGGAUUGAGGAUGGCGAGUAG